AUGGCUGAUCAUCUUAGUGAUCCAGGGGCAAAUGAGUAUGAGGAGUAUGACGCUCCACCUCCAUACACACCUCCCUACAAUCUUCGGUUGGUGCUUCACCAGGAUGCCACUGAGCCUCCGGUAGAGAAUUUACUGGCUCAAGGAGUCGCACCAGAUACCGAACAGGCAGAAACGAGAGCAGCGGCAGGUCCCGAAGAGGGUGCAAAUAUAAGAGCAGAUCGCAAUGACCAGAGCACCUUUGCAGAGUUGAGUGGUCUUUGGACAGAAAUAUUCAAAGAAUUGGGCAACGCUUGGUCAGAGGUCUCCAGCGGGUUGGGCAAGGGCAUGGUUGAGUUGAAAAAUGACUUGCUCAAUGCAAGAGUUGAUGUUUCAAAUGGCUUAAACGACGCCAAAUUGGGCGUAUCGCAAGCGGUGAAUGAGACCAGAGAUGGGCUUUCAAAGGCCAUGGGCGAUGCUAAAGAUGAAUUAUCGAGAGCAAUGAAUGAAGCCAGAAGCGAGUUGUCCAAGGCGAUGUCUUCGACUCUUGGCCCUGCGAGCGCAUCUGGCGUGCCACCACAUUCACCUUCUAAAGGUCCAGCCACAGCACUUGAAGAUUCAAAAGAGUAA